UUUUAGAGUGCACAGUAGUAACACUGAAAUGAAGAUGCCACGUUUCCACAAUGCCAGCUGACAACCAGACAGAUUCAGACGAGGAGGAGGAGGAAGAUGACGGCGGGAGUGAGGGAGGAAAUAGUUCAUCUGUUGUCACUUUUUUCAGUAGUUUAAUUUCAGGGUUUGUACGAAAGUGGGGCUGCUUCCGGACCGUUCACAACAUGUUAAACGUCCCGACCCAGUCCUUUCCGGCACCGAGCUCCCAGCAGCGGGUCUCUCCGUCCGGCCAGUCCGGGAGGAACAAGGUGGCCUUGAAGCCGGGCCACAGUCUCAUGGACUGGAUUCGGUUUGCCAAGAGUGGAAAAGAUCUUACUGGACUCAGAGGGCGCCUCAUUGAAGUUACUGAGGAAGAACUGCAGAAACACAACAGGAGAGAGGACUGCUGGACCUGCAUACGAGGUAUGGUGUAUAAUGUGAGUGCCUACAUGGACUACCACCCUGGUGGAGAAGAGGAGCUGAUGAAGGCAGCAGGAGUAGAUGGAACUGAACUCUUUGACCAGGUCCAUCGCUGGGUCAACUAUGAGUCUAUGCUGAAAGAGUGCCUGGUGGGCAGGAUGAGCACCAAGGCCGCCACAGCUGUUAGAGCAAUCCUCCCUCCCCCACCUGUGACUGGCCUCGCCUCACCGACUUCAGUGGCUCCUCUUCCAGACAAAGACUCUCGCCCUCGGUACGAUUGGUUCCAGACUGAUGGGACUGUUCAUCUGGUUGUUUAUACCAGAAGAAAGAUACCCAGCUCAGGCUGUACCACUGUCGAUCUAAAGGCAGGUGUUCUUCGACUGGAGGUGCUGCUGGGGAAAAUGUCCUACAUGAUUCAUUUGCGUCUUUCUGAUGAAGUUGAGGAUGUUGCAGUUCACACUGCUUUCUCCGUGGGAAAGAUCCAGGUUAGCAUACGCAAAGGUGCUCACGGAAAAUGGGCGAGUCUCGGUCAACCUCUGGAGUCCCAUAAUACGUUUGUACGCCAAAAGGACCGAGCUCUCUUGUAUCGGGAUUGUGUGUUGGUGUCUAAGACUGAGGUGAACCACAACACUUACCUGUUCAGACUGCAGCUCCCUGCUGGGACUGUCAUGCAUGUGCCAGUCGGGAAACACGUCUGUCUGAAAGCGCUCGUCCAAGACGUGGAGGUAGUGAGGCCGUACACUCCAGUGGAGCACAUAUUUCCAGCAGCUUCUAAGAACGGGUCACAGGAAUCAGACCUCUACCUCAUGAUCAAAGUCUACCCUGGUGGAGCGUUCACCCCACACCUCAGCAGCCUGAGUGUCGGUGACCGUGUGGCCGUAAGUGGUCCAGAAGGCACCUUCAGUCUCCGCCCUCUUCGUGAUGUUACAAACCUCUACUUAAUAGCUGCAGGCACAGGCUUCACGCCCAUGGCUCGUCUCAUCCGUGCGGCCCUCGAAGACAUCGAAACCAUCGGAAACACAAAGCUGCUCUUUUUUAACCGACGAGAAGAGGACAUUCUUUGGCGCUUUGAACUGGAUGAACUGGCUGCUAAUAACGGCAGGUUUCAGGUGGAGCAUGUCCUCUCUGAGCCCAGUGAACGCUGGACCGGCCGGAAAGGUCCGGUGAACGAGCCCAUCCUUACUGAGCUGCUGUCCAGGCCUGAUGGGUCCAAAUGCUACGUGUGUGUCUGUGGCCCUGCAGCCUUCACAGAGCUAACACUCGGGUUGUUGAAGCAUCAGGGCUUCAGUGAGCAGGAGCUCCACGCCUUCCAGGGUUGACGUGAAGGGAACACUGUGUUUCUAUGCAUCGAGAACUUGAUGAUGCUGAUACGUUUGAGGUGCUCUGAGGAACGUCAUAUAAAUAAAGAGAAAUAUCACUAGUACUGUUUCAGAUACAGUGGAUCCAGAAAGUAUUCAUUCAGCAUUUGUCAUGAUCCAGCCUUAUUCCAAAAUACAUUCAAUUUGUUUUUCACUUCAAAAUUCUACACGUGACACACCAUGAUAGCAAACUGAAAAACAUUUGCUAUAUAUAUAUAUGUUUUUCAGUUUGCUAUCAUGUGUACAUGGCCUUAAUGCCUACUCCAGCUCAUUUAGCUUAAAGCUGCUCUUAACCUCGUCAGUGAGGUAACCUGCGCUCACUGGGCAUAUUUAAUUGCUGCUCACCUGAAUGCUUUGAGGAGUGAACAGCCAGUGACACCUCAGCCUGAGUCCAACCUGCUGAUUUUUAUAAACACACUGCACCUUCAGUUCUGCCUUGACAGAACCUCAUCACCUGCCUCUAGUUUUUAAUUCACUUUCAUUUAUAAAGUGUUAAAAUCACAACAAUCCCUGCGAGGUGCUUUAUAUUGUAAGGUAAAGACCUGCAAUAACACAGAGUUCACAUUGCAGGAUGUUAUGCCACACAGCUACGAGAGUAGAAGGUUACUAACAAUGAAAUGUCCCAGGAGUAUCUCUGCCUGCUAAAGAAAAGUGUUGCAACAGAAGGAGAUUUUUCCAACUAUCAAAAAGAAAACUCUAAUGAGCGCCACGUGCUUCCUAGCAUGGUAUGGUGGCACCACCGCCUGGUCACAGUGCCAGUAAAGCAGCCUUUUCCCGGGGCUUUAAAAACGUUGCUCAGGCUAAAUUCAAAGGUUUGCUUUGAUCAUAUCAAACUCAUUGCUACAUAAUACAGGCCUCAGCAGUGCCGACCUGUGGCUGUAGCUCAGGUGGUAGAGCGGGUCACCUACUAACCAGAAGACAUGAUACUAAUCCCAGGUUGCUCUUCAGCGCAUCCAUCGGGGUGUGAAUGUUAGGUAUCACUGGAAGCCUAGAAACGUGCUGGUGUGAUUGGGUGAAUGAACAAGUUGUAUAAAGCGCUUUGAGUGCUCAGAUUGGGUAGAAAAGCGCUAUAUUAGAACCAGUCCAUUUACCUUUAGCUCCUCCCACAAUAGUUGGUGCACAUUGUUCCCAUUGGGCUGCAGUAUCUGGAUCUUCGGUUUCAAAAGGUUCUAGCACUGAGCUACCAGGUGUUUCUUGGUUCUUUGCCCGUUCAUAGUCAUCACAUUUAUGCAUAUAACCUCUCUGAGUGGGUUCGCUGGCGUAGCCGUGUUACAUCAGUUCCAUGUUUCCUGUCCUUACCCGUGUAGGCAGCUUCUCAUCUGUCCUGUUCUGGUUUCCCAACACCUGACCUUGUUAAGCUGGGUGACGUCUAAGCCAGUAGUUAGGCUUAGCUAGCAUUUGGGGUCUAGCCCAUGCUGCAUGCAUGUCUUGAAUGGGUAUAAUACUGUCAGUGGAUACAAUUAGAAAACAUCGUUUACAUUACAGUUGGUAAACUUCAUCAAUACUUGGUCACCUAACAUGACUUAUCAGUCAGGGACGCACAUCCACUGUUACAGUCACGCCAAGUACCCCAGCAUGGCUCCUCUGCUCCUGCAGUGUGAUAACACAACCCUCGAAUUGUGCAACAAAGACAUUCAGGCUGCAGACAGAACAACGUGAUGUGCUAUGUAGCUGCAACAAAAAUGAAUCCAGCAGAUUCCAUUAGUGUGCGAGCUACACCACAGCUCUGUGUUUGUGUCAUAUCAGUAAUGCCAGCUCACAGUCUGGGUUCAGGGAAACUGCUCUCCUUUAACAUAAGGCUUCAAACUUGCAUUUUUUGUAAGGGCAGCCUGUAGCUUCAGCUGGAACAAACAAUCUUGAACUUGUGGAAAAAUAAAUUGACACCAGAUUUUCUGAGGUCCAUUAAAAUAAAUCCGGAUCAAUAAAGCCAGAGCAGGCUUCACACCUGCACUGAUACUGAAAAGAAUAACUAACAUCUCCUCUACACAUGUGUGGAUACAAACACUGUGUUUGCAGCUGAAUGCAAACGUUACAGUUAACAGUACAUAGAGGUUAAACCAGGUGAAACAUUUCUAAUCUUGCAUUAUUUUAAUUCAUUCACAGCACAAAACUCGUGUGUAAAAUGUAUUAAUAAGAGCGGUGGUGAAUUAACAUUGGCUGUUUUGUAGCAGAUGGGCAUCUCACUGCACACUGUAAAGAUAAAUGAAAGCAUUUCCACCGAGUGUGGUGCUCAGCUGCCCCGUAUCGCAGACACAACCUGGAAACACAUUAUGCAGAAGGUUCAUAACAUCAUCCUCCCAUCCAGACCACAGUCUGUGCUCCCUGCUUCCCUCUGGGAAGAACGAGGUUCAGGAACCUCUGAUCCAGAAACAACCAGCUCAGGAACACCGUCCUCACAUUUUAAACCCUAAACACACACAAGCACACAAAAAUAACAUUGUGCAAAUACUGUGAAUCCAUGUACAUAUUUACUCUGUAGGCUUCUCUUUCAUUCAUGUUCGUUACUCCGGACAAUAAUGUUAUAUCGUUUCCACUUCACAUUAGAUACCAAACUUUGUGUCAUAGUUUGAGUAUUGUGGUUUUCAGUGACAAUAAAACAGUCUAAUCCAAA